AUGGGGAACCAACUAUCUGGUUUGAAGCAAGAAGAUGUUGAGCAGAUGAUGCAGACGACCAAUUUUAGUGAGAGUGAGUUACGAAGACUCUUCCGUCGGUUCAAAAAACUUGACACCAAGUCGAAGGAGGCCUCCACUGAUGAGUACGACGACUUAGCCGAGUUGACUUCAAACCCUGUAUUGAAGCGGUUGUUACAAAUCUUCAACAAAUACGACAACGAGGAGCUCCAGUUCUCACAGUUUGUCGCUACCCUUUCAACCCUCUCAGAUAAAGGAAGCCAAGAGGCUAAACUCAGAUUCGCGUUCCAGGUCUACGACGUCGAUAGCGACGGUUUCAUUUCCAACGGCGAACUCUUCCAGGUCCUCAAAAUGAUCAUCGGAGGGUCGUUCACCGACGAACAACUCCAACAAGUUGUCGAUAAAACUAUCAUCGAGGCUGAUAAGGACAGAGACGGAAAGAUUUCUUAUGACGAGUUCUGCGGAAUCAUCUUGAAGAACUCCGAAAACAUCGGAGAAAAACUCACUAUCAAUUGGCAGUGA